CCUCCUCAUUCCGCAUCUCAUUGUUCACACCAUAGAGAAGGAACUUGUCUAGUGAUCUUAUACGCGCGCAGUUCUCCCCGUUUGUUCUUUAUUUUCGAUCAGAAUAGCGAGAGGUCUGUGUUAUAGCCUAUAAUUCGCGCGCAAGUUUUAGAGGUUUAUAGAGGGUUCAUAGACAAAAUGGCGCCAGUGAGCCUGCCGCCCGGCUUUCGGUUCCACCCGACCGACGAAGAACUCAUCAUAUACUAUCUCAAGAGGAAGAUCAAUGGCCGUAAGAUCGAACUGGAGAUCAUCCCCGAGGUCGAUCUCUACAAAUGCGAACCCUGGGAUCUACCCGAGAAAUCCUUUCUACCAAGCAAGGACCUGGAGUGGUACUUCUUCAGCCCGCGGGACCGCAAGUAUCCGAACGGCUCGAGGACGAACCGCGCGACGAGGGCCGGAUAUUGGAAGGCCACCGGGAAGGACCGGAAGGUGAACUCCCAGAAACGCGCGGUGGGCAUGAAGAAGACCCUCGUUUACUACCGAGGCCGCGCACCCCAUGGCUCGCGCACCGACUGGGUCAUGCACGAGUAUCGCCUCGACGAGAAGGAAUGUGAGAGCGCCACUGGUUUACAGGAUGCAUAUGCUCUAUGUCGAGUGUUCAAGAAGAGCGCGCCGGGCCCUAAGAUCAUUGAGCACUAUGGUGCUCCUUAUGAGGAGCACUCACAAUGGAGAGCUAACGAUCAUUCGCCAACUCUCGAUGUCUCUUCCGAUGGAAGAGGGGAGGACUUGGAGAGCUGCAGCUUCUCUUUCCCUGUGGAGACCGGCUCGUCGGACAUGAUUCAGGGUUCGAGUGUGGCAGGGAAUGGCAAGUGGAUGAAUUUUCUCCCUGAGGAGGCCCUCAAUGCUACAGGCUUAUUAUGUGAUCCUUUUAGCUACUCUUACUUACCAUCAAAGGUGGAUGUGGCAUUGGAAUGUGCAAGGCUUCAGCACAGGCUAUCUUUGCCCCCAUUGGAGGUGGAGGACUUCCCCCCGGUCGAUCUCAUGGACUCGAAGGUCGGCCUCCACACAGCUAUGCUUCGAGAUCAUAACCAUAACGAGGUGGACAUACUGCAAGAGAUUUUAUCCGUAGCAUCCGCCUCUCAGGAGCUGAUCAACAACUCCAGCUACACUGACAUGUGGCACGGAAACACUUCUCACUUUGAGGAUUACGCCUCUCUAUUAGAACUUGAUAAAAGGAACGAGGCGUUGCAGUUCCCUCAGAUCGAGAUUGCGGGCUCUACGAGAUUAAUCGGUAAACAAUGUGAAGAAGAUGAUUCUGGGAGGUUGAUAGAGAUCAGCGAUUUGGAAGAGGAAUUCAAGGAAGAAAAGAAGAAAAUAGAAAACCUAAGAGGGGUCAAGAUGUUGAACAAUAACUUACCUGAGAUAAUCCUAGAAGAAGAACAAAGCAAUCCAACAGAGAGCACCACAAAUUACCCAUUAGAUGCAAGUGGCACUGAAGGAGAAGCCGUUCACCUGACCAAUUCAACUGAGUUAGGCGACAUCGACGACAAACCCAUCUUCUCACAGUCUCAACCUGACGAUUUCACUGUUGGUUUCAUCGGCAUAAAUCCUCUUGGAGCGUCCCAAGAGGAACAUCACUGCGAAGCCUACGCCAACGCGCCAACUUUCGACUUUUACGAGAAGGUCGAUGUCAAGCAUGGCUUGUUUAUAUCGAGAGGCGGCGUUGCUGAAACGCACUUUCAUCAGAUCGAGCCUUCGAAGAAGGUUAGUUUCCACAUGAAUCCGAUGGCAAGAGAUAAUGUACUGGUUGAGACGAUUGAGAAAGGUAGAAGCAGGGUUUCGGUCUUUAGCAAGUUCAAAGCAUUCAUGAGAGACAAGAUCAAUGGGGAAAAGAUAUCUAUGAAGCCAUGCAAAAGGUCCUUAGGUAAUGAAACAAUGAGUGGGAUGCUACAAGUAGUUAGUACAGUUAUAUUGAAUUCAUGUGUUUAUCUUGGGGAUGUAUCAGAACAAGCCAUUUCUAUGGAGCAAGCAUCCUUAAAGGAAAACCAGAUGAAAGAGGAAAAAGAAGGUGCAUGUUCAAAUGAACUGAAGCAGGUGAAGAACUGGAAGAAGAGUGAUCAGGAGAACAAUAUCUGGUUUCCUGGAGUGAGAAAGAGGGGGUUUGUUAGCAUGCUUUUGUAUGGGAAGUGGGCCUUCUUCACAGCUCCUUUUGCUCUUGCCCACUAACAGUAAUUCUCUUUUCCCAAAUUCAUCAAGUCAAAUCAAACAUAAUAUAGAUCAUGACAUUUAUCUUGGUCAUUGUAGAGGUUAUUGAUACGGUAAAACAUGAUUUAACUUAAAUUAUAGAAGGAAUAUCUGUAAGUUAUAGCCAAUGACAGAGAGGUAUCGUACUGCUACAUGUGCCUAACAAAUUUAAUAUUUAUAUAUGUGUAAUUUAUCUUUUGUGAAA